CUGCCCCUAAACAACUUACAGCUCGGUUAUGACGAGCUUUUAAUUCACAUUAACAGUAAGACUCGCAGCUUCAUUCGAAUACAGCAUUGCAUUCUGUCUUACUGAUAUUUCCCGAAGUGUUUACAGCGCUGCCUGUGGACUUGAGCCUUUGUGUAUUGACGGAAGACUCUGGGCCGAGAUUUAACGAUGACGACAUCAUGGAGCGAUCGACUUCAGGACUAUGCAGAUCUCCCAGCAAACAUGGAUGGACUGGCGAUGAAGAAAUACAGGAGAGAGGCCUAUCAUAGAGUGUUUGUGAACAGAAGUCUGGCCAUGGAAAAGAUUAAAUGUUUCGGCUUUGACAUGGACUACACUUUAGCAGUAUACAAAUCACCUGAAUAUGAAUCUUUGGGCUUUGAUCUGACCGUGGAGCGGCUGGUCUCCAUUGGAUACCCGCAGGAACUGCUGGGUUUUGUUUACGACCCCACUUUCCCUACAAGAGGUUUGGUGUUUGACACAAUGUAUGGCAACCUACUGAAGGUAGAUGCUUAUGGAAACAUCCUGGUUUGUGCCCAUGGCUUUAACUUCCUGCGAGGCCCUGACACCCGAGAGCUCUAUCCCAACAAGUUUAUCCAGCGUGAUGACACAGAACGCUUCUACAUCCUCAACACACUCUUUAACCUUCCAGAAACAUACCUUUUAGCCUGCCUGGUUGACUUCUUCUCAAACUGUGACCGAUAUUCAAGCUGUGAAACAGGCUUUAAGGAUGGAGACCUCUUCAUGUCCUUCAAGAGCAUGUUCCAAGAUGUUCGAGACGCUGUAGACUGGGUACAUUUCAAGGGAACAUUGAAGGAUAAAACAGUGGAAAACCUAGAUAAGUAUGUUGUGAAAGAUGCCAAGUUGCCAUUGCUGCUGAGCCGCAUGAAUGAAGUCUCCAAAGUUUUCUUAGCCACCAACAGUGACUACAAAUACACAGACAAAAUUAUGACAUACUUGUUUGACUUCUCCCAUGGCCCAAAGCAUGGCACUCCACACCGUCCUUGGCAGUCAUACUUCGACCUUAUCCUAGUGGAUGCCCGAAAGCCUCUAUUUUUUGGAGAGGGAACUGUUCUAAGACAGGUGGAUACGACUACAGGACGGCUGAAAAUAGGAACAUACACUGGACCUUUACAACAUGGCAUUGUUUACUCUGGAGGGUCUUCUGAUAUUAUGUGUGACUUGCUCGGAGCAAAAGGGAAGGAUAUUUUGUACAUCGGAGAUCAUAUUUUUGGAGAUAUUCUUAAGUCCAAGAAGCGACAGGGUUGGCGGACGUUCCUGGUGAUUCCUGAAUUGGCUCAGGAGCUGCAUGUGUGGACUGACAAAAGCUCUCUGUUCGAGGAACUGCAGGGCUUGGACGUUUUCUUGGCAGAAUUAUACAAGCAUUUGGACAGCAGCAGCAAUGAGAGGCCAGAUAUCAGUACCAUCCAGAGAAGAGUGAAGAAAGUGACUCAUGACAUGGACAUGUGUUACGGGAUGAUGGGAAGUCUGUUCCGCAGUGGCUCUCGGCAGACUCUGUUCGCGUCUCAGGUGAUGCGUUACGCUGACCUGUAUGCUGCCUCUUUCAUCAACCUGCUGUACUACCCCUUCAGCUACCUGUUCAGAGCCGCCCACGUGCUGAUGCCCCAUGAGUCCACAGUGGAGCACACUCAUGUAGACAUUGAGAUCGAGUCUCCUCUGGCCACACGCAACCGCCACUGUGUGGACUGCAAGGACAUCGACUGCAAAAGAAACCAACUCACACGCUCCAUCAGCGAAAUCAAACCGCCCCACCUGUUCGCUCAGCCGCCGCAGGAAAUCACACACUGCCACGAUGAAGAUGAUGAUGAAGAAGAGGAGGAAGAAUAGAUGUGUUUGACCUGUUCUAGGGUAAAGAUCUGUAGGAUGAUGAUGAUGAUGAUAGAGUGAUGAGGAUGUCGUGUGAGGUAGAAAAGGAAGAGUGAAUGUAUGAAGGAGACUAUAAUUGCUAAACCAAGCUCAAAAGCCGAUGUUUGUUCACAGUACCAGACUUCAGUUCAGCCUUACUGACAGUUUCCUCCGUUAAAGAAUGCGUAAGAUUGUAUAAAAAAAUUUGGGAUCUGAAAUAGUUUAUCAGUCAUUAUAAAAGUACAUCAUGUCAUGUGAUAAACAUCCAAUGGAAACAGCACUCUACAUGCAUCAUACAGCCAGCAUGCUGGGAAAGACUCAAAAGCCUGUUAGGACGAGUGUUAAAGUCGGUGAUUGGAUCUUAUUUUUAGGUAUGUUAUAAUCAUUUUUUACUAUUGUUUUUAACAGUUUAGACAUAACUUUCGAGUAGCCAGUCCAUCCAGCUUGGUUACUACCGCCUGCAAAAACUGUAUCCGAUAACUGUUCCUUUAAAAAAAAAACUCUGUGUGUGUGUUAAAGCGGUGUAUGAUGGCAGGGUGUGUGUGUUAAGAAUCUGAAUGAAGCACAGAAAAACCGAAGCACGAUUCAUUGUUACGUGCAUAAGGAAGUGCAGCCAACACAAGAAUCCAGUUACUUGGCAACAGCAUGCAGCUGCCUUUUUUUUAUUUUUUUUAUUUUUUUUUAUUUUUUUUUAAGGUUUGUUGUUAACCUCUUGGUUUUCGUAUUUUUUUUAAUGCAGACAUUUUGGCUAGCACUAAUGCUACAGAGUAGCAAACAGAUGCCUCAUAUAUUAGGGCACAAAAUGAGUCCAAAAACACACACAGAC